CUGUCCUCGGUCACCUCCGUCAACAACACCACAGAGAUAGUGCCCCUUGUCCCCUGAUCACCACUAAACAAAUCUUCAAAAUGGCUACCGACGGCAAGUCUAACCUCUCCUUCGUCCUUAACAAGCCCCUCGACGUCUGCUUCCAGGACAAGCCUGUCCCCAAGAUCAACUCCCCCCAUGACGUACUCGUCGCCGUCAACUACACCGGCAUCUGCGGCUCCGAUGUCCACUACUGGCUCCAUGGCGCUAUCGGCCACUUUGUUGUGAAGGACCCCAUGGUUCUCGGCCACGAGUCCGCCGGUACCAUUGUUGCCGUCGGCGAUGCCGUCAAGACUCUUUCCGUCGGCGACCGUGUCGCCCUCGAGCCCGGCUACCCCUGCCGCCGCUGCGUCCACUGCCUUUCCGGCCACUACAACCUCUGCCCCGAAAUGCGGUUCGCCGCCACCCCUCCUUACGACGGCACCCUGACCGGCUUCUGGACCGCCCCCGCCGACUUCUGCUACAAGCUCCCCGAGACCGUCUCGCUCCAGGAGGGUGCCCUGAUCGAACCCCUCGCUGUCGCCGUCCACAUCACCAAGCAGGCCAAGAUCCAGCCCGGCCAGACCGUGGUCGUCAUGGGCGCCGGCCCCGUCGGCCUCCUCUGCGCCGCCGUUGCCAAGGCCUACGGCGCCUCCAAGGUCGUCUCGGUCGACAUUGUCCCCUCCAAGCUCGAGUUCGCCAAGUCGUUCGCCGCCACCCACACCUACCUCUCGCAGCGGGUGUCGCCCGAGGAGAACGCGCGCAACAUCAUCGCGGCCGCCGACCUUGGCGAGGGUGCCGACGCCGUCAUCGACGCCAGCGGCGCCGAGCCCUCCAUCCAGGCGGCACUUCACGUCGUCCGUCAGGGCGGCCACUACGUCCAGGGCGGUAUGGGCAAGGACAACAUCACCUUCCCCAUUAUGGCGCUCUGUAUCAAGGAGGUCACGGCCAGCGGCUCGUUCCGCUACGGCAGCGGUGACUACAGGCUGGCUAUUCAGCUUGUUGAGCAGGGCAAGGUUGAUGUCAAGAAGCUCGUCAACGGCGUUGUUCCCUUCAAGAAUGCUGAGGAGGCUUUCAAGAAGGUUAAGGAGGGUGAGGUUAUUAAGAUCCUCAUUGCUGGCCCUAAUGAGAAGGUCGAGGGUGGUCUUGAUACUACUGUUGAUGAAAAGAAGUUGAAAGAGGCCAAGGCUAGCGGUGAGUCUGGCUGCUGCUAAGUUCUGGGGCGGAUGUGAAGACAAAAAAGGAAAGGAAAAUAUUGGACUGUAAUUCUUGCUUCUUCUUUCUUUUUUAGUGGUUUUGGCGAUGGCGUUUAGGUUCGGGUCAUUCCUUGUAUAUAUACAUAGGCAUAUAGUCUGAAAGCAAGUCUAUGUGAUUGAGAC